UCGAAAUGUCCAAUAAUCCUCCUCAACCACAGUAUCAGCCUAUAUAUGGGCAGCAAGGUGGCCAGCCUUCAUAUCCUCAACCACCGCAGCCUCCAUAUGCUCAACAGUAUGGCCAACAACCUUCAUAUCCUCAACCGCAACAGCCUCCAUAUGCCCAACAGUAUGGUCAACAGUAUGGACAGCAACCCUCAUAUCCUCAACCACCGCAGCCUCCCCAGUACCAACAGCCCACCUAUAACCAGCAGGCCUCUUACCAACAGCCCAACAUGCCGCCUCCUUCUCAACCUUACCAGCAGUCUCAGCAAUAUGGAGCAACUCAGCAAAACUAUUCUUCUUCUGGUAUAGCUUCCACCGACGGCCUGGUUCCCAAAAAGGAUGGUCGUUUUCGUAAAGAUUCCCCAUACAAAGACGUAUGGGCAACUAUUGCCUUUUUAAUAUGUCUUGCCGGGUUUAUUGCUGUAUCUGCAUUUGGUGUUACUAAAUUGGACUUGAAAAACACUAGUAGUGGUGUAUCCACUUCGAAUGUACGCAAUCGUGCUACUACUGGAAACACCAGUUCUAAUAGAACUGCUACGCCGAUUGAAAUAUAUAUUCCGGCUGCAGAUAUUGGCGGUAUCCUUGUUUCUAAUGUUGCUGUCGGCCUUGUGCUCUCACUUGCGUAUUUCUUGCUUAUGCAACGAUUUGCUGGAAAGAUGAUUUAUGCCUCGGGAAUUCUUAGCAUCAUGUUCACCUUGGCUUUAGCUGUAGUGUUUGCCUAUUUUAGGAUGUAUAUUCCUGCUGUUCUAUAUGUUGUCUUUGCGGCUCUUUUUGCCUGGAUGUUUUAUUCAUGGAGACACCGUAUUCCAUUUGCCAAACUUAUGCUCAAGACUGUCACCAAGAUCACCGCAAAGUAUCCUGCAACUUUGAUUGUCGGUAUCUUUGGUGUGAUUUUCUCUGCUGCAUUUUCUGUUCUGUGGGUUGUUGGUCUUGUUGGAAUCACCAAUUUCCUCAAUGCCGAAAAAACUUCGCCUGGUCUCUCUUAUUUCAUGAUGGUUUUCUCGCUGUUUGUGUUUUACUGGACCAACCAAGUCAUUCAAAACACCGUGCAUAUUACCAUUUCUGGUCUUUUUGCCACCUACUAUUUCAUGGGUGUUGCUGAUAGUCAGGGAAAUGUUACUGUCAAUAUCAAGAAUCCUACUGCAGCUGCAGCUAAACGUGCUCUCACAACUAGUUUUGGCCCCAAUUGCUAUGGUUCUCUGUUGGUUGCUAUUAUCCAAACCCUUCGUGCCAUUGUUCGUAUGGCCAGUGAAAACAAUGACAACCCUGCUAUUGCGAUUAUUUUGUGCUGUAUCCAGUGUCUUCUUUCUUGCAUUCAGGGAAUGGCCGAGUAUUUCAACAAGUAUGCAUUUACUCAAGUUGCAAUCUACGGCAAAGAUUACUGCACUGCAGCCAAGGACACGUGGGAAUUGAUCAAAUCGCGUGGUAUUGAUGCUAUUAUUAAUGACGAUCUUAUUGGAAACGUUCUUAACGUUGGUGCAUUCUUUGUUGGUCUAGUGACUGGUGUUGUUGGUUUUACUUAUAUUCAACUUUCACCCACAAUUCCUCACUACACAGCCAACUACAUUGUCAUUGUUUUCGUGUCGUUCUUUAUCGGAAUUGUUGAAUUCUCUGUUCUCUCUAGCGUCAUUGAUUCUGGAGUAGCAACCACGUUUGUGUGCCUUGCCGAGGAUCCCUCUGCGCUUGCACGCACCAAGCCAGAUUUGUACCACAAGAUUGCAGAGGUCUAUCCCCAAGCAUUGAUUCAGUUUUAAAAGUCACUGCGACUUAUUAUUCAUUUACUCAUAGUUUAUUGACCCCCUCCAAUCUGCUUUUUCUUGCACUUUUUUUUGAUAAUGGUUGGAAUGAAAUAAAGCUUAUCUAGUCACCAAG